CAACGGCGGGCGGAACGGAAGGCGGUGGCGCGGGGCGGAAGUGACGCGCCGGAAGUAGCCGGAGGGUGCGCGCCGGAAGUGCCGGUGGCCGCAUGGUGGUCGUGGCGGCGGCGAGAUGGGGCGGCCGAGCAAAAGCAAGAACCAGAAGAAGGAGCGGGCGGCAGCCGUGCAACACGCCCAGCAGGAAUUUGGCACCGUCCCCCACUCCUUCGUCUUCCACCGCGGCCGCGUCGGCAAGAACGUGCGGCAGCUCAUCACCGACAUGCGGAAGGUGAUGGAGCCCUACACCGCCAGAGCCCUCAAGGUGCGGAAGAACAACUCCCUGAAGGAUUUCGUGGCCGUGGCCGGGCCCCUGGGGGUGACGCAUUUCUUGGUCUUCAGUAAAUCGUCCUCCAGCAUCAAUUUUAAACUCUUCCGGCUACCCGGCGGCCCGACGCUGACAUUCAAGGUGACGCAGUACUCGCUGAUCAAGGACGUGGUCUCGUCCCUCAAGCGGCACCGCAUGCACGAGCAGCAGUUCACCCAUCACCCGCUGCUGGUCCUCAGCAAUUUCGGUCUCCAGCAGAUCCAGGUCAAGCUGAUGGCCAGCAUGUUCCAGAACAUGUUUCCCUCCAUCAACGUCCACAGGGUCAACCUCAACAGCAUCAAGAGGUGUUUACUCAUCAGCUACAACACGGAGACACAGCUCCUCGAUUUCAGGCAUUAUAGCGUGAAGGUCGUGCCCGUGGGCGUGAGCAAAAGCCUGAAGAAGCUGCUGCAGGAGAAGUUCCCCAACAUGAGCCGCCUGGAAGACAUCAGCGAGCUGCUGGUGAAGGACAUAAACCUGUCGGAGAGCGAGGCCGAGCAGGAUGGGACCCACAACGUCCUGGAGCUGCCGCAGGCAUACGCCGGCCGAGGCAACAUGAAAGCGCAGCAGAGCGCCGUGCGCCUCACCGAGAUCGGACCCCGCAUGACUCUGCAGCUCAUCAAGGUGGAGGAGGGCCUGGCGCAGGGCAACGUGCUCUACCACAGCUUCAUCCACAAGAUGGAGGCGGAGGUGAAGGAAAUCCUGGCGCGGAAGGAGGCGAAGCUGCAGCUGAAGGCGGAGCGGCGGCAGAAGCAGGAGGCGAACGUGGAGCGCAAGCGGCAGCAGCGUGAGGCUCACAGGGAGAGGAGCCUGGCGGGGAUCCGGAGGAAACGGCAGCAGGAUGGUGACAGCGAUGCCGAGGAUCCCGGUGCGCCGGAGCAGCAGGAUGCGGCCGAGCAGUCGGAGGAGAGCGAUGCUGAGUAUUACCGGCAGGAGGUGGGCGAGGAGCCGGACAAAGAUCUAUUUCCUGACCGUACCAAGAGGAAACGAAGCUCCUCGCGUGCUGCCCCGCUACGGAAACGGCGACGGCACAGCCGGCCGGAGCAUCCCGACACCCCCAGCCCUCACCCCACAGCACCAGGGAAGCAGCGGCAGGGAAACCUGGCACCAAUGGACUCACGGCACCGCGGCAGGGCCAGGCAGGGGGCGGCCGGCCGAAAGCCGCACCGAAGAACUGAGCGCCCAGCCCGGGAGGGGGCCGGUCCCGGCUCUGGCCGUGCUGCCUCAAGGCCAAAGGGGCGAGGGAAUCUGCUGACAAAGGGGAAGAUGAUUUUCCGGCGGCCCGGACGUGCCAAGAAGGGGAAGCGCUGAGGCACCAGCCGCCGGCCACGCGCCAAAACUGAGGGAGAAGAGGAAAUGGGAAACACACACACG